AUGUCAACCCAAAUUGCUCAAGGAAAGUCAAAAGACGACUUGAGCAUUCCAACAACUAAUUUGACUCUGAUACCUUUGGAUUCGGAUAGAAGAACCAGAUCAACCUCACCUGUCAAAAACAGAUAUAGUCUACCAGCAACAGUAAGUGACUACAGGUUACCCACAAUACCAAAAAUAGAUGAUGAUAUUAAGUCCAUAAUAAGUUCUUCUUCUUCCUCUAAUCAGGAAAGAUUAAGACAGGCAGCAAAAUUGCCUAUGGCUAAAAAAUUGCAUAUCAUAGCUUCAAACUCAAACUCACCAAAUAAUGGAGGUAAAUAUACCAUUCCAAUCCCAUUCACAUUGAAAUUACCACCCAAAUUGAGCUCGGUCAAUACAACCCGAGAAACAUCCACUCCUUCUUCAGUUGUAUCUUCUCCUCAUGGAAGCAGAGCUGGGUCCCCGACAAGAUCUACUGAAUCCUCAAGAUCAAACUCACCAUCUAAACCCAAACAAACCAAAUUAGUAUUCACCAGAAAUGGGUAUGAAAAAUUGGAUCUGUCACUGGAUUCAGAUUGUGAAGAUGUUGAAAAUAGUUUAUUGAAUAUGUCUUUACAGUAUCAGGAAGAUUUAAACAAAAGAAUAGCAUUAUCAAAGAGAGCGGUUCCUCCGCCAUCAGUUUCAACAAACAAUUCCAAGUUUGCAAGUAAAGCUUUUCUUUCAAGAAAUACUGAUGAGUUAAGCAUCAUUGAGGAAGUUUCAAACUGUGGAUCCAGACAUUCAAGUGUGCUUAGCAAGUUGAAUUCUGCUAAAGCAGAACUGGAUGCCCAAACACAAAAAGUACAACAACAAAAACCUGUGGUAACUCCAAUUAAAGUACCAGAAGCUAAACAAAUUCAAACCCUAAUUUCACCUUUCAAUAAUCCAAAAAAUAAAGAUCAUAAAUCUAAUCAGCAAGAAAAGAGUCUUCCUAACUUGCCAACAAAAGAUACUACUACACCUAAACAAGAGACUGUUACAUUUAAUAAGAAAAAAACUCCAGGUCCAAUUCGAGUCACAGCUCCAAAAUUAAAAACUCAUCAAUAUAACAAAUCAUUACCAGACAUCCCAAUACAUAGGAGCACCACCAGCGGACCAAAUAAGAGCCAAGUACCUAAAUCACAAAGAGAAACUAACUUGAAUAGGUUGACCUAUGCCAGUGACCCCAACAAAGUAUUAAAAGUACACAAGAGAAGUUUCAGUGAUGAGUCGCACGUAUCGUCUGUUAGUUCGUUUAGUUCAGUUGGUGAUUUUAUGCAUAUAGCGAGAUUGGAAACAAUGUCGCCGCCAGCAGAAAAGCUUCGUUUCUUUAAUAUGAAUCAUGGGAACAAUCAAAAACAAUUAAAAAUACAACCCAUAAACAUUGAUAGUAAGUCAAAAAAUGAAAAGUCUGAAAAGUCCAAGAAAUUAGAAAAGAAUGAUACUAGAACGUUAUUAAUUCCACCUCAAAAUAUCCGUAACGUCUCCUCGUCCAGUACCUCAUCAUUCCAAUCUCAGGGAACAAGCAGCAGCUGGGAUUCUUUGCAGAAAUCAAUUGACAUUACACUUGGAUCUAGACCUGAAGAAGAGACUAUUAAUAAGAAAAGUAUAAAACCAACACCAAAACUGACCAAAAUACUCGGAGAUAAUAAUGUGAGUGAUGAUGGGUCUUGGCUGGACACUAGCGAAUCAGCUAGUGAUGAUGAUGAAGAAGAAGAAGAUAAUAAUAAUAGCAAUCAAACAAUUGAAGAUUAUGAACACACAAAACCUUUGAACAUUCACAAAGAGGUCAGCAAUGACCAGAAAGACUUAAAUUUUAUAGAUGUCAAUAAUAGAGGACUUGACAGAGAUUUUUAUUUUCCAAACACUUUUGAGAAUUCAACUAAUAGUCAAGAAGUUAAAGAUAGAGUACCCCAGGAAGUUAAUAGAAAAGCAAGACACAGUUUCUACUCCAGUAACGGUCAAAUAGAAAUUCCUGAUUUAUCAGAUAAGAGAUUCCCAGAUGAAUAUUCUUCCAUCGCCCCGUCAUCGUACAAUGGAACCACGUUUUCCGAAAUAAGAACUGAGAUUUCUGUAUCUGAUGUUGAUGAUGAAAGCAACACUAAUUUGAAAGUUGGUGUUCCUGGAAAAGAUGCAAUCAAGCAUUUGAAACAACAAUACAGUGCAUUAGGAGAUGACUCUGAUGCAGAUUAUGCUAGCAAUAUUACAUCACUAUACGGUGGUGGUGGUGUUUUAGACAAAGAUCACUUGAAAUUAGCUCCUAUUCAGCCUCAAUUGGAAUGCAAUUUGUUAUUACCUGGCAGAAGUUCUCCGGCAAAACACACAAGACACAAAUCAAUGUUUAAUAUUAACUUUGGUUUAGGCGAAUCUAAUAACAAUUCAGCCCACACAAGAAAUAAAUCAGUGGACAUAUUAAGUGAAAUGACAACUUUUGGUAAACAACAGUUAGGAGUCAAUUCAGGUAAUCAUCUUUCUCGUGAUUAUUCAGAUAAAUCAAAUGAAUCAAAAUCAAAGAUGAUCAUCGAGCAACCAGUAGCACCUUUAGUUAUUACUAGAAAACCAUCAUCUGGAAAUAAUCAAUCAGACAACAAUGUGAGCAACAAUAAACAACAAGAACAAAACCAAGAACAAGAAGAAAUCUUAAACAUCAAAGUUGCAGAACCUCCCAAGAAGGUUGAUUACGCCGUUGACUUCAAGGAAUCAAACUCUCAAGAUGAUGAUUUUGGAACUCAGUUUGUAACACCACGCAUUGGUUCUAGAAGUAUUGAUACAGAGAAUGGACCAAAUGUUGGUGCUAUCACGAAAUCAUUAAAGCCAAAGACUAGACUGAUAGCCAGUAAUGAAGAUGACUCUGAUACAGAAACUGAAAGUGUUGUCAUUGAUUUGACAAAAGACAAAUAUGAUAUUGUUCACGUGAUUGGAAGAAAAGAUUCCACCAGAUCAUAUAAAUCAACAACUGAGACAAUUAAUGGGAAAGAUGUCGAAGUUGUAAUAGUUGAGGAUGAAGAUGAAGAGAAUGAAAGUGAUGAAAAUUACGAUGAGUUAAUGAGUAUUUAUUCCAAGUAUAGAAAUAAUUCUUGGUUGUUUAGAAAUAAUUCCGCAGCAUCUUCAACGGCAUCAUUUUCUAGUAAUUCUUCAUCUGCUGUCACGCAAAAACAAAGAGUUAUACCUCCUUCAAUUCAAACUCCAAAACAUCCUCGAGAUCUUAAUAUUAAGCGAACAUCAGGGUCAGUGGCUUCUUCUUCUAUGGCCAGUUACAAAUCAAAAAGAAUUCUGCCCCCAGCUAAAACCCCUUCAUUAACUAAUAACAAUUCAAAGAUCACCAAUGACAAAGUUCAACGAAAAGAGUCACAAUCAAGACGUAAGAGCAUGCCAGCAUUAGAAUCUCAUUAUUUUGAUUAUGCUUCAAAUGAUCAAUACGAUUUUAAUACAUUUAUGCAACAAAGAAGAACCAGUGAGAAGGAAAUGUAA